AUGAAGAUGGAGGAUGAGAAAAUGGAAAACACUACAAUCAAUAGUGAUUCAGAAGAUCUGGGUGAGAGUUGUGAAUCAAUGUUUAACAAUGCAAAAGAACUAAAGGAUGUUGGGAAUGAAAGUUAUAAGAAUGGUGAUUACUCAGAGGCAAGGGAAAAGUACGAGAAAGGUUUGGAUCUUUUGGAGAAAAUAGAUCAAAAGGACGAAGAAUUUGGAGGAGAUGAGUUAUCUGAGCUACGGCAAAGUUUGCAGCUGAAUUUGGCGAUGUUAUAUAUAAAGAUUCAGGAAUGGUCGAAAGCUAUUCAGGUAACUGGACAAGUAUUAAAGAAAAACACAAAGAAUAUCAAAGCUUUAUAUAGGAGGGGUCUGGCAAGACAGGGUUUUGGAAUGUAUGAGGAGAGUAAGGAGGAUUUUCAGAUGGUACUAAAGUUGGAUCCAAGUAAUGUUGAUGCUCACAAACAAUUGAAGAUACUGCGCCAAAAGAUUCAAGAGGAUAAUGAGAAGAACAAGAGUGGGUUUAGCAAGAUGUUUCAUGGAGGCUUGUAUUCAGACAGGCAACAGGAUGUAGAGAAGAGGAAGAAAGAGGAAAGAGAGAGAAGAGUUGAAAAAUAUAGUAGAUAUCUUGCAGAGGUUAAAUCAAAGAAUUCUGAGAUUGGCUCAGACGAAGAAGAGGAGGAGGUUAUGCCUUUUGAGGAGUGGGAAAAAAAGGAGAUAGAAAGGGAAAAGGAGCUAGAAAAAGAGAAGACGAGGGAGAAUGAAAGAAAGGCUAAAGAGUCGACUGAGAAGAAACCAACAACAAUUAUUUCUAAAAAAAAUACAAGUAAUGAUGAUGUGGAUUUGGAUGAGGAAGACUUAAAAAUUUUACAGGAGACUAAGAAGAUGGGAUAUUGCUACUUCAAGAGGGAGUUGACAGAGCAAGAAAAGGAGUUAAAUAGACAGUUCACUCCAACUCUAAUAAAUAACAGGGACACUUCUUCUCGUGAUGCAUCUCAGCAAAAUGAUUUGAGCUCUGCAGAUCUCGACAAGUCCAGAGUUGGAAUAAGCUCGUGGAAUUCUAAGGGUACAACCUUUGAGGAUAAGGAUGUUUCAGAAGCAGCAAAGACAACUUUGAGGGGAAUCCUCUUAAAAGGAGGUAGCCGUUUUAGUGGUAAGGUUACUGAAGGGGGAGAUUUGGAUAUUUCGGUUUCAAUUGAGAGCAUUGAGAACUUAUCUGGAGAGGCCUCAGUUGCAAUGAUUCGUGGUACCAGAAGAUUCCUUUUUGAUUUUUCUAUUACAAUGAAAUGCGAAUACAUCCUUGAAAACAAUGAGAAUGAAAAAUACUCAUUUAAUAUAAACAUACCAUCUUUGACCUCCAUGUGCAAUGAAGACGAAGUUUUUGGUAUUAAAGACUGCAAUAUUCAAUUUUCAGGCAAACAUAAACAUAACCACGAUCUAGCUUUGAUCAAGGACUUCAUAUUCAAGAGUUUUUGCCUUGUAAAUUUAAAGGACCGUAUUAAUUUGCUUACCAUUGAGAUCAACUCUCAAUACUAA